AUGGCCGAAGAACUAGAUCACCUACGCACGGCCUUGAGAGGUAAUGGCUACAGGGCGGGAAAUAUAGAACGAGCUAUCAGGAGGAGACAAACACCCAUCGAGAAACAGGAGUACUUAGCGACGACGUAUCUACCUUACAUGAAAGGUUGUACAGAUAAAACCGGGUGUCUUUUGAAGAAGAGAAAUAUCAACACAGUAUUCAGUACUGUAAGGAAGGUGGCGGCAGCGUUUCCAAAGACCUGCAACAACAACCAGCUCCAGGGCCCCGGUGUGUACAGUAUUCCUUGCUCUUUCGGAAAGGUCUACAUAGGACAAACAGGAAGGCACAUCAACACGAGGUUAAAGGAACACAAAAGUCACCUCAAAAAUAACAACUGGGAAAAAUCGGCAGUAGCAGUGCAUAGGGCGGACACAGGACACACAGUGGAUCUGAGUGAAGCCAACAUGGUGGUGAGAGAGAGAAGAUUUUGGCCCCAACUAUACAGAGCGAGCAGCUUUAGAAAUUUACAGAAAUUUACAUCCGUGAAAGCAACCCACUGGAACGUCAACAACGCGUACGAGGUCACCCACCGGAACAUCAUGGACCAGUGA